UCCAUCGAAAUCGAAAAUGAUUCUUACAAUAUGUCCAACCGCGAAAAUAGCAAGUCAAACCUUGAUCUCGACUCAAUAACGCACAAUCCACCAGUCGUCGAUGGUUUGACACUUAUUCCUUCAUGGUUCACGCUUCCGGUUGAAACACACAUAUCCAACAAUGCUUCUGGCCCACCGUCAGAUGAGAAUAAAAAGAGCAUUGAUGUACACCCUUUGACGACGAUGUUGACCACAACCGAUUCCAUCGAAAUCAAAAAUGAUUCUUACAAUAUGUCCAACCGCGAAAAUAGCAAGUCAAACCUUGAUCUCGACUCAAUGACCAACAAUCCACCAGUCGUCGAUGGUUUGACACUUAUUCCUUCAUGGUUCACGCUUCCGGUUGAAACACACAUAUUAUCCAACAAUACUUCUGGUCCACCAUCAGAAGAGAAUAUCACUGAUAUUGAUAAUUUAUCAACGACAAUAUCGACAUUAGAUUCCGUUGAAGCCAGUAAAAAUGUUCUUAUUGUUGCGGCCAGUGACGUAGAAGAAAACAGCUCUUAUACAUACCCUUCGGAGAACAUUUUGACGACCACAACUGAUUCCACUGAUACAGAAUAUGUUUCUUUUAAUAUGUCCAACUACAAAGAUGUGUGUGGAAGGCAACUUAUCCCAAUGUCUAGAAUAGUCGGAGGUGAUAAAGUUUCUUUCGGCGAGUGGCCGUGGCAAAUUUCAUUAAGACAUAAAAAUUCGUAUAAACACAAAUGUGGGGCGGUAUUAUUCAAUGAAAACUGGGCUAUAACUACUGCUCAUUGUGUUAGAAACGUUUCAAUGAAUGAUAUACACCUCGUCCUCGGUAAAAACGAUUUUGCAGUAAAAGAUGAACCUUAUGGUUUCCUAAUUAGGAAAUUGCAGACAGUCAUUAUACAUCCAAAGUACAAUACCUAUGCUAUGGGACAUGACUUGGCACUGUUGCGAUUUGAUGAACCUGUCAUAUUCCAACCGAACAUUCUACCAGUUUGCAUUCCAGAGGAUGAUUUAAAUUUUGCAGGAUUUUCUGCUCACAUCACUGGAUGGGGUGCUUUGUAUUAUGGUGGACUCUCGACUAUUGCGCUACAAGGAGCAACAGUUUCAGUGCUCAACAAUUCCGUUUGCGAAAAUAUGUUCCGUGCGGCUGGAUAUAUAAAGAAGAUACCGGACACGUUUAUCUGUGCGGGUUCGAAAGAUGGUGGUUACGAUGCGUGCAAAGGUGACUCGGGUGGGCCCAUGGUUGUACAGAGACCUGACAAUCGCUGGGUAGUGGCCGGUAUCAUUGCGUGGGGCAUGAGAUGUGGCGAACCAAAUAGCCCUGGAGUGUACAUGAGGAUCUCAAAGUUCAAAGACUGGAUCAAUAAAAUAAUAUUGCAAUCUUAAAAUACAAGAUGAACGCUCAACAUAUACAAAAUAUAACGUCACAUCGGUUCGGUAUCAACGGUUAGGUACCUCUACCUACGGCAACGGAGAACAUAUUUUACUAUUAUUAAUUUUAAAGUUCUAACGUAUUUUUUUUUCAAUUUAUAUUCGUUAAUAUUUAAUUACUAGCUAUUAUUUAUAAUAUGAUAUACACUACACUAUAGUAUAGCUGGUAGAGGAUUUAGGCACCUACAUGUACAUUGUACAAGUAGUCUCAAUAACUUUUGCGUGUACCUAUAAUAGAUACUUUUAAAAUCGGGUUUUUAAAUAGGUAUGAGCCAUUUAUAGUUUACCUAUCAAUAUGAUACACAGUUUAAUACCUAUUUAUUAUUAUUAGGUAAGUCUCGAAAAUUAAUGCUAGUAAAAAAAGUAGGUAUCCAUACUUACUAAAUAUGCAUGCAUUUACAAGUUAUGCGCUUAAAAAUACAACUUGUAACGGUUUAAAAAUGUGAAUAAUAAACUUUUUGUAUUUUUUUUCAUGGUGUCAGUAAUUUCUAGCUUAGGUACUACAGUGCCGUAAUUUUUUUUUUUUGGAAGAGGGUGUUGGUGGUGAGGUGUUUAUUUGCCACUGUUUGAUUUAAAAUUCGAGGUUGUGCCCGGUUGUGUCCGUUUAAUCAUUAUUAUUUACUAGUAAAAAAAACAGGCCUAUUUUUAUAUUUUGAGAAAAUAUGUAAAGAUUGGAGUAAAAAAAUAUCUAAAUAAUAAAAUUUGUUGGACGGGAUUUGGUAACUUUUAAGUUAUAUAUUUGGGCUGGUCAAAUCUUUUGCCACCUUCUAAUGAAAACUAAAAUUACGCCACUGUCUUACUAAGUAAUAAAUGAUAGGUAACUAUAUUAAACCUCAAUAACAUGCAAAUGCAACAACUUUUUAACCCUAAUUAUUAUAUUAUUUUGUAGAUACCUAGAAAGUAGUAGUGCUACAAAAAACUAUUAUUUAUUACCUAGGUGGCUAGGUAU